UCGUAAGCCCAGGGUAUGUGAGUUAAAACACCUCCCUGGUAAGCCUUCGCUUUUAUUUGCAGAGGUUAAAUUACAUAAAGCGUAUACAAAAUACUGCAUAGGCAUUCGCAUCAGAGAGGAGGUUAGGCCCAAACAAAGUUGAAACUUUCGCGACAUUGGUUUGAAGACGGUGGAUUGCUUGAAGUUGGGAUCGAGGUACAGACUGAAAAUGGCGCGAGUGGCAUUUUUUGUUGUUUUCGUGAUCGUCUGCGCAGUGUCGGUUGCGUCGUCGCCGACGGAAAGGGAGAUAUCAGAGAAACAGAUAAAGGAGAAGGGUCGCAUGCUGCUCGCUAACUUCCGCCAGAAGGCAAGAACCUUGCUAACGAUGAAAGUUGCCGAGUGGAAGACGGCUGACCAGAUUGAAGCGAAUGUCGAUAUCUUAGAAAGAUUUCAACAUGUCGAGAAGGAGGCUGAAUACGAAAUCAAACAGCACAUUGUCGACGCGAUCAAUGGAAACGAACCCGUGGUCGAUCCCGACAUUCCCCCACACUCGGAGGAGAUCGCAACUUUGUUCGGGGAGGCGCUCUUCGCCACUACGUAUGCCGAACAGAGCAGUAAAGAAGAUAGCAUGAUACAAAUACUCAAAGAUAUAUUAGAAAACAAACUACAUUAAUGAUUCGAUAGAACUAUAGAAUAAGUACGAAAUUAGCCAAUUCAUACAAACUAACAUCCUAUACUAUUUUAAAACUUCAAAAUCAAGGUAAAGCAAUUUUUUUUAAAAAUUUCAUUUAUUGAUUUUAUCACGGUAAAGGUCACCGUGGAUGUUCUUCUGUAAGUCUGCCGAUUUGGUGGAUACUAAAAUGCAAUAUCGUGUUUUCAAUGAAAAGCCAGGUCAAUGAACCUAGUCUAGUUUAUGACAGGUUGGUUAUCACUUAUGACAAGAUAUAAGCUAGAUUAAAACAACAAAUAUGAUUUU